AUGUACUUCAGCUGUUCGGCAUAAAAUCCCCUCCGAAACCCGCGUCGAUUCCACCGCCCCGAUCGCCGCCACCGCACCCGCCUCCUCUCCGCCGCGCCGCCUCCGCCGACCGCCGCCUCCACCUCCGCCGCCGCCUCCGCCGCCGCCGAUUCGAUGCGAUGGGCUGCGCCGGAUCUCGGCCCAAGGGAGACGACUCUUCUAAGAAAAUUAGGAAGCCAAAACCUUGGAAGCAUCCUGAAGCAAUUACAAGGACACAACUGAUGAAGAUGCGUGAGGAGUUUUGGGACACUGCACCUCAUUAUGGUGGGAGACAAGAGAUAUGGGAUGCUCUGCAUGCAGCAGCAGAAGCAGAUCUAACGCUUGCCCAAGCAAUUGUGGAUAGUGCUGGCGUGAUUGUUCAGAGAGCUGACUUGACAAUAUGCUAUGAUGAAAGAGGUGCAAAGUACGAAUUGCCGAAGUACGUUUUGAGUGAGCCGACCAAUUUGAUUGAUGAAAAUUGACAAUGGAGGUGGGGCAGAUUUUGCUCAGCUUCGUGUGUAAAUCCUGUGAAUUGAUAUUGAUAGUUUGGUAAAACAAAUUGCAUCAAAGUGGAGGUCAUUCAGGCAUUUUAAAUACAAAUGUUACGAAACUUCUGCCUCACGAGAUGUAUAACUACCACAAUUUCAUAUGGUUUGUUUCAUUAGUACCUGAACCUUCUAAAGAAACACGAAAAGUAAUCAAUUCAGGUGAUUGUUACAGUGGAAAAUCAUGACAUCCUUGAGUGCUAGACCA